CAAAUAUUUAUCCAGGAACUACAUAUAUGUCAGCCAUAUACAAGAGCAACUAACAUACUAUGUUGGGAAUUUUCCCACGUCAUUAAAGACUUCAUAAAUGUCUAUUAUUUUCAACCAGCACAGAAUAUACAAUCACACAGUUUUAAAACUAAACCUUUAUUGUUAAAACAUUUAGUUUUAUUUCCAAGUUUUAUGAAUAAUGAUAGACACAUAAUGUGUCUAAAUCUUUCAUCAUUUCCUUAGGAUAGAUUCUCAGAAGUAGAAUUCCCAGAGGAACUUCUUAUUUUACCCCUCCCCGCAAAAAUGCAGAAAGAAAUUUACCAGACACCGCUGUAGUAGUGUCAGUCUUCUCUAACCCCACAUAGCUGGAAGAGACCUGCCCUGAAGUGUCUUCAGAUGGCAGAAGCAUCAGGCUUCUUCGCAGGAGCUUCCUGUUCCCUCUGAGUGCCCUGCCUCAGCUGCCCUCAAGGAGCUAUGAACUCGCCAGCAGCUGUCCCACUCCACCAAGCGGUGGGCGCCCUGUCAACCCCACAGAUCUCGCAAGCUGGCAUGGUGCACAUAUCUGCUUGUAAGGACUGUAUGAAAAGAAUGGCAUUCAGGGCAAGCCCAAAAAGGAGAGAUGCCAAGACAAGAAAGUCAGGGCUAAUUGUGACCAAAUUUUCUUUUCAAGCCUCUUUUCUUUUUACUUUUCUUUAUUUUCCUUAAUAAGCACGUGUGAUUUAUAAUGGAAAAAAAUUAACUUAUGGAGGAAAACAAUAACAACAUGAAUUUCUCAAAUUUGGUGUGAGGCUGGAGAUGAUCUUCUGGUUCCUGGGAAAGCAGCUGUGAGUUAUCUGGCUUGGCAAUGCCUCCUGCAAAUCACUGGCUGACUCUGAAAAAUGCAUCUGUACUUUACUCACCAGAAGGAAGGGCUGAUUCCCUCUGGGGCCACCACAAAGGGCAAUCGAUGACUAUCUUCCAGACCUGGAAGAGGGUUCCAAACUGCAAUGUGUAAAACCAAGGAGUGGGUCUAAGGCCAAUCAGUGGGAGCCUCCGAGAGACAGAUCUUUGACUCACUGCCAGAACUUCUGAGCAGAGUAGUGCAAAGAUAAAACCAGCUGCUCCAGGAGGUGGUGGCCUCCCCAUCCUAUGCAGCAUUAAAGCACAUGCUGAGGCCAAUUGCCCUGGAUGGGUUGGUGGCGGUUCAAGUGCAAGGCAAGACAGCAGUUCUCAAACUGUUUGGUCUCAGGACCUUUUUACACUUUUAAAAAUUAUUGAGAACCCCAAAGAAUGUUGUUUAUGUGGGUUAUCUCUAUCAAUACUAACCAUAUUAGAAAUUGAAACUGGAAGUUAUAAAGUAUUAGGUCAGGCAUGGUAGCUCAUGCCUGUAAUUCCAACACUUUGGGAGGCCAAGAUGGGAGGAUUGCUUAAGCCCUGGAGUUCAAGACCAACCUGGCCAACAAAAUGAGAUUCCACCUCCAUAAAAAAAGUUUAAAAUUUUUCUGAGUGUGGUGGCACAUGCCUGUGGUCCCAGCUACUCUGGAGGAACACUUGAGCCCAGAAAGUCGAGGUUUCAGUGAGCCAUGAUCACACCAUUCAACUCCAGUCUAGGCAACAGAGCAAGACCUUGUCUCAAAAAUAAAUUAAUUAGUAAUAAAAUAAAGUAUUUAUGAAUCUUUUUUUUGUUUUGAGAUGGAGUCUCCUCUCUCUCCAGCCCAGGCUGGAGUGCAGUGGCGCGAUCUCAACUCAUUGCAGUCUCUGCCUCCCAUGUUCAAGAAAUUCUCUCAUCCUCCAAGGUCCACCCCAACUCUGUGCACAUCUGUGCGGUGGUUGUGGAGUACGAGACCAAGGCCGGCCGCAUCAACAAGGGCGUGGCCACCAACUGGCUGCGGGCCAAGGAGCCUGCCGGGGAGAACGGCGGCCGUGCGCUGGUGCCCAUGUUCGUGCGCAAGUCCCAGUUCCGCCUGCCCUUCAAGGCCACCACGCCUGUCAUCAUGGUGGGCCCCGGCACCGGGGUGGCACCCUUCAUAGGCUUCAUCCAGGAGCGGGCCUGGCUGCGACAGCAGGGCAAGGAGGUGGGGGAGACGCUGUUGUACUACGGCUGCCGCCGCUCGGAUGAGGACUACCUGUACCGGGAGGAGCUGGCGCAGUUCCACAGGGACGGUGCGCUCACCCAGCUCAACGUGGCCUUCUCCCGGGAGCAGUCCCACAAGGUCUACGUCCAGCACCUGCUAAAGCGAGACCGAGAGCACCUGUGGAAGUUGAUCGAAGGCGGUGCCCACAUCUACGUCUGUGGGGAUGCACGGAACAUGGCCAGGGAUGUGCAGAACACCUUCUACGACAUCGUGGCUGAGCUCGGGGCCAUGGAGCACGCGCAGGCGGUGGACUACAUCAAGAAACUGAUGACCAAGGGCCGCUACUCCCUGGACGUGUGGAGCUAGGGGCCUGCCUGCCUGCCCCACCCACCCCACAGACUCCGGCCUGUAAUCAGCUCUCCUGGCUCCCUCCCGUAGUCUCCUGGAUGUGUUUGGCUUGGCCUU